AAAGCAAAAGUUCUAGAAGUUUAGAUCGAGUCAUUCUCUCACUGAAUGAAAAAAAUGAACGUGUGAUAAAAAUCAAGUUGGCUACGCAGACAAUAACAUAUGCAUGUCAGAACAGCACCCGCCGCUAAGAGAAUAUGCCGUUAUCGCUUCAUGCUGUGUGUGAUUUCACGUCUUACUCUGAUGGAGUUGGUGAGCAAACAGGAGCCACCCAUGGCAGAUUAUUCACAACACACAUGUAUAUGAAACGCUACAGCGUGUGACCACACACCACCCUCCAGGCUCAAUUCUCUGUACCUCCCCCUCCUUUCUUUCCCUUCUCUUGCUUCUUCCUGCCCAUCCACCAUUUAGCCAAAUAAACACUAAUAUGGAAACUUAGCGGGACCUUGAACCUCUAAAUUGUCUCCGUAGGGAGUCCAAUAAUAAGUUUGUAGGCUGGUGCGGUACAGUUUUCCUUUUUUUUUUUUUUUACUUCUCACAAGAGAGACAUAAUAGAUUAGUGAGUUUUGUAACUGACUUAUGAAAGCAAGUUUUAGGAAGUAGAAGGAGUUUCUGAUGAUACUUAUCUGACAUGCUGAAGCGGAAACAUCAGCUGUGCAGAAUGAUCUACAUGUGAUAGCCUUCAAAUUCUUCUUCAGCCGACCCUAAGGAUGAGGUCCUGCAAAUGUAGCUGAGACGUCAUGGACUAAGGUGUCAGACUCGCUCAGGCUCCUGUCUAUGCAUGGUUUAAGUGUCUGCUUGCGCUGAUGAGUUUUAGAAUAGACUUUCUUUUUUGAAAGCGUUGGUAAAAGACCAAGACAUAAAGUUGUUUCCACAGCUUUUUGAAAUGCUGCACAAGGAUCCUCGAAUCCACAGGAGGAAUUCACUCUUUUAUUGUGGCUCAACCCGGAGACGACAUUCUUGCAUUGGUUUCGAUGUGGAGAAUGGGUUGUCGAUCGGCCGCAGUCCAUUGGACCUCAGUCCAGGCUCAGGUCUGGUCCUCCAGGCCAACAGCCAGAGGCGAGAGUCUUUCCUCUACCGCUCGGACUCAGAUUUCGACCUCUCGCCCAAGUCGAUGUCCAGAAACUCCUCAAACGCCAGCGAGCUUCAUGGGGAGGACAUGAUUGUAACGCCGUUUGCUCAGGUUCUUGCCAGUCUGCGUACAGUGAGAGGUAAUGUUGCAGCUUUAACCCAUGUGCAAGACAUAAACAACAAGAGACUCGCUAACCCUCAGUCAGCCUGUAAAACAAGCCUGUCCGAUGAGACAUAUCAGAAACUUGCCGUCGAGACUCUUGAAGAGCUGGACUGGUGUUUGGACCAGCUAGAGACCCUGCAAACACGUCACUCCGUCAGUGAAAUGGCCUCCAAUAAGUUUAAAAGAAUGCUCAACAGGGAACUGACUCAUCUGUCAGAGACCAGCCGGUCAGGAAACCAGGUGUCAGAGUUCAUAGCAAGCACAAUUUUACAAAAGCAGCAUGAUGUGGAGAUUAUGUCAGCAGCAUAUAAGGAGGAGAAAAAACGCCGUCCAAUGUCUCAGAUAAGUGGAGUGAGAAAACUGAGCCCCAGUCCGAGUCUCCCUCCAACAGGAAUCCCUCGAUUCGGUGUCAACACACAGCAUGAGAGCCUCCUGGCCAAGGAGCUUGAAGACGUCAAUAGUUGGGGAAUAGAUAUUUUUAAGAUAGCAGAGCAUUCUGGGAAUCGGCCACUGACGGUCAUAAUGUACUCCGUUUUUCAGGAGCGAGAUUUGCUCAAGACCUUUAAGAUCCCAUCGGACACCUUCUUAACUUUCCUCAUGACUUUGGAAGAUCACUACCAUCUGGACGUGGCCUACCAUAACAAUAUCCACGCUGCAGACGUUGUGCAGUCCACACACGUUCUGCUCUCCACACCUGCUCUAGAGGAUGUGUUCACAGACCUUGAGAUCAUGGCUGCUCUGUUUUCGAGUGCUAUUCAUGAUGUGGACCAUCCAGGAGUGACGAACCAAUUCCUUAUUAACACAAACUCUGAACUGGCUCUCAUGUAUAAUGACGCCUCAGUGUUGGAGAACCAUCACUUGGCUGUGGGCUUCAAGCUUCUCCAGGAGGAGAACUGUGAUAUCUUCUGCAACCUCAGCAAGAAACAACGACAGUCCCUGCGACAGAUGACUAUAGAUAUGGUAUUAGCCACUGAUAUGUCCAAACACAUGAAUCUCCUGGCUGACCUGAAGACAAUGGUGGAAACUAAAAAAGUGACCAGUCUGGGAGUCUUGCUGCUGGAUAACUACUCCGACCGGAUACAGGUGCUUCAGAAUAUGGUUCACUGCUCAGACCUCAGCAACCCCACGAAACCCCUGGAGCUCUACAGACAGUGGACCGACCGCAUCAUGGUGGAGCUCUUCAGUCAGGGGGACCGAGAGCGUGACAAGGCCAUGGACAUCAGCCCCAUGUGUGACAAACACACAGCUUCUGUGGAAAAAACUCAGGUGGGGUUCAUCGAUUACAUUGUCCAUCCUCUGUGGGAGACAUGGGCUGAUCUGGUCCAUCCAGAUGCUCAAGACAUUCUAGAUACAUUAGAGGACAACCGCGAAUGGUAUCAGAGCAUGAUCCCCCGCAGCCCGUCGCCCACCCCUGAAGAGCAGGACUCACGGGCCACACUGGGCGUCACAGGCUCAGCCGGAGAAAAGUUCCAGUUUGAGCUGACUCUGGAGGAAGAGGACGGGGAGCUAGAGGCUGAAGAAGAGCAGACAGAUGCAGACAGAUCAAGGACUAAAACAGAUCCCAUGCAUCCGCAAGCCUCCCCUCGCGGGGUCACGUCCGUUAUAGACAGCAGCGAAAGAGAACUGGACCAAGAAAUGACCAGCGAGUCCGUCCUGCAGUUAGAAACUUAACAAGGGCCAGUCCUAAGAGUGCUGCUUCACUUGUGUUUCUUAGUGGCACUUACGAAUACUUGGGGGUCGAGUCGAGCCAUACACUAAAAACUAAAAACAGACCAGUGUUUUUAAGCUAUAUUUGUGUCCCAGACACAACCUUUUGUGAAAGCACUGAGGUGGAAGGUGUAGAUGAAUGUUUUCGUGCUCUCAUGUGAGAGUCGCAUUGAGUGACUGUCCGUGCCAACUGCAGCGGAAAGCUGAUUUACUCAUUUAGUGAACAUUUUCCCUCUCGACUCAUUUUUCCUAGCUUACUGCGUUCGCUUUUUUGCCACUGAGAAAUAACUUUGGCUUUGAAUGAAACGGGACAGCUGUGAGAAAUAUUUAAGGCAAGACACCACAAGUGAACAGAGUAAAGAGAUAUUAACUAAUUCUAAUACUAACUAAUCACCAUACUUCCCCAGCUGAUUAAACACUGUGGAUUAAUAAUAUGUAUUACAAGUUUUCUGAAAUGUUAUGUUAAAAUAUGUAAAUGAAGCAUUAUAUAACUCAAGUCUGCACUCAUUUCCAGAACAGAAAUCUGAACAUUGGUUGAAAAUUAAUUUUGGAUUUCUCUUUUUAUCACUCCAUAAAUUAGA